AUGGAGCUCGAGCGCGUUCGAUCGGCCAACCGCCGCGCCGAGGGGGGCAGACCGGCGGAGACAGGCGAACGUGGAGAGCAGGAUGACCUGCGACAUUUCUCUAAAGCUUUGUCGGGCGUCAUUCAGAAAUUCCCAUCAGAAGCCGAGGUGCCCGUGUGGUUCGAGGCGGUAGAGACCAUCUUCGUGACAUAUCGCGUACCGAGGGCUAUAUGGGGCCAGUUGAUAUUCCCGCACGUGGUUGAAAAAGUUCGGUAUUUGGCCACGCGACUCACCGCGGCGGAGCUCAACGACUACGCUCGAGUUAAGGAGACCGUACUCGAAGAGUUGCAGCUCGCGCCCGGUGAGUACCAAAAACGAUUCCUUAACGCCACCAAAAGGAGGGAAGAGGCGUGGAUGCCAUUCGCCACGCGGCUGCGCAGCUAUCUCCACUUCUACUUAGAAGCGAGGGGAAUUCAGACUAAAGGCGACUUAAUUGACCUUCUCGUGGCUGACCAGUUGAAGGCAAGGAUGUCGCCUGAGGCGCUGAGUUACGUCACCCUGAAAGAGGACCCUAGCUGGCACAGGGCGCCGGAGCUGAGCCGGCUGAUGAGGCUCUACGAGCAGGCCGAGGGUAGAGGCGCUGCGUCAAAGAGUGUUGACGCAGAGGACUCAGGGGGAUCGGGCAGAGCAAAAAACGGGGGAGCCGCGGCUACGACGAAAUUCACGCGAAGUCCGGCCGCUAGACUGGGUACGGGCCAGCGGAAAGAAUGCUACGGGUGCGGCUCCUUGGACCACUUAAGAGCUGACUGUCCACACGCUACGAGUCGCCGGGCAAACGGGAGCGGCAAGGCACCAUCUAAAACUGAAAAGCUCACUGCUCAGGUCACCACGGAGCCGCGCUCGCCGCCGCCCAGUGGGCUGAUAUCGGCCCGAAUAGCUUGUGGGGGACGCGAGCUCGACGCCGUUCUCGACACUGGAGCGGACAUAACCGUGGUGAGGGAGGCCAUGGUGCCCGAUGAGCUCAGGACGCCUUGCGGCAAGAUCUGCCUACAAUCUGCUUUCGGGGAAUCUGUGGAGGCGAGUCUGGUGUUGCUGCCCUUGGCUUUCCUCGACAGGGGUUCUCCUUUUGCUGAAGUUCGCGAAACGGCGCCUAUUCUCUGCGCAUUGACCGACCGACUCACGUCUCGCACUGACUGCCUACUUUCCGGAGAGGCAUGGGAGACACUGCUUGGAGCAAUACACGCGGACGCGCCGGUCGGAACGGUGGCAAGCGUGGCGGUGGGGGAGGCGGUGCCGUCGGCGGUUAGCAGUCCUGCAGGGGAGCCCGGGGAAGGCGUAGAAACCAGAGGGGACUGUAGCGAAGCAGAGGCUGAGGACCGCGCCGAGACGAGUUCUUUGUCACAGACGGAUGAGACUGAAACGGAGGACGCGCUCGCAGAGCGGUCGAAGUUCCGCGAACAACAACUGGGGGAUCCCUCCUUGCGCGAAGCGUGGGCAAACGGCCGCAAGGGACGUGCCGGUAUGCUAAUCAGAGACGGGUUGCUAUUUCACCAAGACAAGCUGCUGGGUCAAAGGGUUUAUCAGCUCGUCCUUCCAGCUCAGCGAAGACCCGAGGUUAUGAUAUUGGCCCACGAGUCAUGCUGGGGAGGGCACCUGGGGUUCCGGAAAACUAAGGCGCGAGUCAAAUACAGUUUCUACUGGCCGGGAAUCGAGGGCGACCUCCGGUUGCACUGCUCGAGCUGCCAUGGUUGCCAGCUGAGGUCCGACCCACGAAAGAGCGAUCGCAUACCGAUCAUUCCGCUGACAAGACCCGAGUUCCCAUUCCAACAGGUGAACAUUGAUGUGAUCGGGCCGCUCGACACGCCGUCCGCGAGAGGGCACCGGUACGCACUUUGCGUUAUCGAUUUGUGCACUCGCUGGCCGGAGGUAGUGUGCCUGCGGUCACUGUCAGCGAAAGAGACCUGCGAUGCGCUGCUUUCUAUCUUCAGCAGGACGGGCAUCCCGAGUGUGAUUAGUUCCGAUUGUGGAACAAACUUCACUGCGCAGCUCACGCGGGAGUUUCUGGCGCGACUCGGCUGCUGCCCUCGAUUCUCAACCCCUGACCACCCAGAAAGCAACGGCGCCGUCGAGCGCUGGAAUAGGGUUUUCAAGAACAUGCUCUUCCAUAUCAUUGAGACGGAGGGCCGCGGCUGGGAUCGGUUCGUUCCGUUCCUGCUGUGGGCAUACCGAGAGGUCCCGCAUGAUACCACCGGAGUGUCACCCUUCCAGAUGCUGUACGGCCGAAGCCCCACUGGCCCGUUGACAGUGUUGAAGCAAUCCUGGACGGGGGACAUCCCGAUACCCGUGACACUAAGGGAGGCACCGGCGGAGUACUUACGCAAACUAAAGAUCCAAAUCGAGCGCGCCGCGGAGGAAGCCUCGUUGACGGCACCAGCCCGGCAGAACGCGUACGCGACACAGCACAACAAACGAGCCUCCCCGAAAUCGUUUGAAGUGAGCGAACAAGUGUUGGUAUUCGACUCAGCCUGUCCAGGCAAGAUGUACCCGAAAUGGAUAGGGCCAUGCUGUAUCCGAGCAAAGUUUCGAGAUCAUUCGUACUACGUAGACAUGCCAGACGGUAAGCGCAAGCUGGUGCACGCCAACAAACUACGACCAUACAACUGCCGCGUUCAAGGCAUUGGCGUAGCGUUUCAGGAAGAUGAUGACUUUGGGGACAUAGAAUGUACCCCACAAAAAGUGAGGUCGUGUCAAGAGGCGCAACUUCCAGAGGAUCAAACGGCUCAUCUCGGACGAGACGCGCACAUCGUUCGCGCGGUGUUCGACAGACACCGCCGGCUCUUCUCGCCCAACACGGGUAUAGCGAAGGUGGGAGAACACCGCGUAGCGCUAGACCCGGGGUACGUGCCGAAGCGGGCCUACCCCUACCGCAUACCCGAAAUGCUGAGGGGAGAGGUCGAGCGGCAGACCGACGAACUGCUAGAGACGGGGCUGAUCUACGAAUGCGAGAGCCCUUUCGCCCAUCCCGUCGUGUAUGCGGCUGACAAGGCAUUCGUGGCACUCAAGAAGGCGCUGUGUGACGCGGUGGCGCUGUACACGCCCGAUCCGGAAAGGCCGUAUUGGCUUUACACCGACGCCUCGGCUAUCGCGGUGGGAGCAUGUUUGGCGCAGUUGGGAGAGGGCGGGGAAGAAAAUCCGGUCGCGUUCGCAAGUCACCGCUUCACGCCCACUCAGAUGCGGUGGUCCACGAUCAAACGAGAGGCAUUCGGGGUAAUCUGGAGUCUGAAAAAGUUCGAUGUAUGGCUAUUCGGCGCCUCCGUGACGGUGGUCUCCGAUCACAAUCCCCUGACGUAUCUGACGCUAAGCGUCCCUCACGGUGCAAAGAUAACGAGGUGGGCUCUGGCUCUCCAGAGGUACGACGUCAAAGUCGUGCACCGGAAGGGCUCUAGACACGGGAACGCGGACGCCUUGUCCAGAAUUGCAAACGAAUGUUGGGAGCCCUGCGACACGGCCGGCGCCCGUUCCGAACUGGGAGGUGAGACGAGCUAG